AUGAUUCAACUUAAAGUGGACGAUGAAGAUUUCGUGAGGAUCAAGGAGAAAAAGGAGGACGAGAUGGCGGAUCGUCGACGGGCGAUGAUGAAGAGAAGCGACAUUAAGCGUGGUCUGCGUGAAAUGCAUAUCGAAGGCAAAAAGGCAACGGAAAUGGAGAAACUCCAGCGUGCCAAAGAGGUCUUCGACCUGAAACUUCGUCAGACCGAACGUGACAAGAAACUGGCCGAAGAGUUGGCACUUCGUAAACAUUUCGAACUGCAAGAGUUUUUCCAAAAGAAGAAGGCAAGGCAAGCUGUUUCCAUACUUCCGGACAGUACUGCGCAAAACUUAGAAGCCAAACUGAAGGAGAAAGAUCUCGAGAACGCGUCAAAUUCGAAAUUACCUGACGUGUGGCCGUUUAUCGAUAAGAUGGAUCCGAGGCAGCUGCAAGAGAAGAAGUUAAGCUAUAGAAGGGAAUUGCAAAAUCAACAGAUAGGUAAUCGUCGCAGGCUGCGCGAGAAAGAAGAGGAAAAGCAUCGGGAACGUAAGAUUCUGGAGGAGGUUGGCGAAGCUUUGCGCAAAGAGGAAGUGGAAGCAGAAAGACAGAAGAAAGAAAAGGUUCUUAUGCUGCAAGUCGAAAGGGAUGCCUUUCUGAAAGCUAGACAAAUCUGGAAGGACAAACGUAAGAAUCUUCUCAAACGGGAAUACGAGGAAAUCGUAAAGAUUGUGGCUAAGAAGGAGGCUCUGCAGAAGGAAGAAUCCGAGCAGAAGACCGAUACCAGAAUGUGGAAGGAUGCCAUGGCGGAGAAUGUGGGAAAGAAGAUACAAGCAGAGGCGUUUAAGAAAACCGAACGGGAAAGGAUUUGCCAUGAAUUGUAUCUCGCAGAGAAAGAAAACGAGCUGGCGGACGAAGUGAUUCGAGCGGCGUUAAGAAAGCAACGAGCGUCGAGAGAGCUUUUGCAGGACAUGGCGAGACACGAGAAAGCUGCGGCUGAGAGGCAGGCAAAGGACGACGCAAUCGAUGCAGCAUUCAUUCGAUACUUGGUCGAACAACGUAGGAAGAUGGAGGAGGCGGACAGAAAGAAGGAGCAAGAACGUCGCGAAAAAAUGGAGCAAUUUGGAAAUGAACUAAAAGAAACGAUAACGAGGAACAGCAUGCAACAUUCGGAAGAACUUGCGCAUAGACGGUUCAGGGCUGAUGACGAGGAGGUAGGGCAAAAUGGCGUACCUGGUGUUGAGAAACUAAGUGACAGCAAGAAUUGCGCGAAAAUAAAAAUUAAGUGCCAUUCCGAAAGUGUUCUCGAUGAUUGGAAAUCGCCACAGCCGAAGAAAGUAUUCACGUGA